AUCAAAUCUCAAAUCAAAAUGGCCGAUGGUUCGACAAAGGUGUGUCGUGAAAUAGAAUAGCGAUUAUCGCCUGCAUUGAACCUCUGUGAAAGUUUUUCGUGUUCUAUACUGGUUCGUAACAUUGUUUUGUGAUUAAUUAAGGUGGAUUUAGUAAGUUUGAUGUUCAGCUGGAGCAGCGUCGCAGAUGGGAUUUGUCGACAAAGGAAUCUGAAUGUUGUAAUGGAGGUGACUCGUUCUCGUUUGGCCUGGAUCGCGAGGCCGCCGUCGCGUUUGCCCGGAGGCUGCAUGUUCGCCUGGCGUGGGCUGGUACCGCGCGACCGUUCUGUCGCGACUUUCGCGUCGCGUCGCGUUAGCGUGAUGAUAAGUAUGUCGGUUGGCUUACAGCGGCGUUGGUGGACAUCGAGUCCCGCCGCGUGGCACCGCAGCCCGCGCCGCCCCGGGGCUUCGCCCCUCGCGAGUCGUCGCGCGCGUUCGGAGCCCUCGCUCCUGAGUACCGUGCGGAGUGAACGAGAAUGUCGUCCCGUAGAAAUGGGUCGGUUUCGCGAGCGGCCGAGGCAGCCUCCAAGAACAGGCUGCACAUGGACCGCAACCCGCAGCACUCCCGGAUAACUGAUCCCUCAAACCCGGCUGGUCGCAGGAAGGAAAUAGACAAUGUGAUGAAGAGAGCCCGGCAGGCCUCCCCGGGCAGCUGGGACCGCAAACUACUGGAGGUGGAAGAGAAGGACCCUAAUAGGUGGCGCCACACGGGCUAUAAGCAGUUGUACCUGGAUGGCUCCGGUUCUGUUUCCCCGCGACGCUCCCCGCUGAGGCGAUCCAGAUCACCACUAGGGCCCAACAGGUCUCGCUCCAUCAGACGCUCCCGAUCCCCCCUGGGGCGCAGAACCCGCUCCCCGCUCGGUCUAGGGGCUCGCUCGCCGCCCGUGCGCCGCUCGCGCAGCCCCGUGGCGCGCCGCGACCCGCGCAAGUCGCGCUCCCGCAGCCUGAGGAGGAGCCCUAGACGCAGCCCGCGCAGGAGUCCUAUACGUCGCGCCGUCAGUCCCCGUCGCAGACGCAGCAUCAGUCCCCGGCCGCGGCGCACCAGACCCCCUCCCCCGCCGAGAGGGGUCCGACCACCCAGCCCACCGGACCCACGGAAGUCGUCACCUUCGGGCUCCUCAGCAAGCUCCUGUUCCGAUGAGUCUUGCUCCGUGUGCUCCGCUAAGAACAAGAAGGGGCCGCCCAAACCCGGCGCCAAACCACCACCGCCAGCCCAGGCGCCCCCUUCCGCUGCAGUGAAGCGUCCCCCGCCCAAUGCAGCCAACGCAGCAAGAGCUGUGCAACCAACUAGAGAACUGCUCAAAGCCAGGGAGAAUAGCAAGCGAAGCCGCGAGGAGAAGGUCCUAGAAUGGCAACGUUCUCAGUUAGCAGUGCGUCCGACCGCACCUAUCCCGCCCGCGAACAUAAAACGCGAGGGGGAAAGACGCCGCGAGAGACCGCCGCGCGCCGACCGCCCGGAGCGGGCAGAACGCGGCGUUUCUCCCGCCGCCAUCGCCGCCGCCUUGAACGACAGCGAUAGCGACUCGGAAUCCGACGCCAGCUCCGAGCCGCAGCCACAAAGGUUGACCCUGUCGGAGCGCUUCGGCAAAAUGGCGCAAUGGUCCGCCGCUCGCUGCGCUCGGCUUGAGAACAUGCGCAUAACGCGCAGGGAGAGCCAGCUGCACGUGCAUAUAGAGAGGGACGAGCCCACUGACCCUCGCGAGCCCGCCGCGCACACUCCGCUUGAGGAAUACCCCGGAGACCCAGCCCCGGUGGGCAGUUACCCGGAAGAGCUGCUAGCGGUUGCUCCUGGCGGUCUGCCUUCCUGGGACGACGUCAGAGUGCGAUACGACUACUACAAGAAGCGAGGCUAUUUGAGAGGUUUGACUCUGGGUGAUUACGUGAAGUGGGAGGAGUGGUGGUACAAGUAUCAAGAGUGGCUCAAACGCGAGCGCGCCUACGAGCGAUGGGCUGAAGGCGAGCAGGGGACGACUCGUCGCGAGCGUCGCCGCCGAGGAGGCCGCCACAGACGAAGCUGAGGGCGCGCCGCCCCCGCGGCGGUCCUCUGCGUGGACCUCGCCGCGGGGGCCGCUCACCACUAAGGUGUGCGACCACCCCCCACCUCGCCUCAACCCCUGCUGGCACUUCUCAUCGAGUUGUAGUUUGUACUACAUAAGUUUCUUCAGUCAAAUCAGUCAAUUUUGUAACAAUUUUCGGAAAAAUUACGCUA